CAUACAAUCGUUGCUUCUACAGGCAAAUUGCAGCUAUGCAUUUUGUUUUUGCUAGCUGCAACUUGGAACGGUGAGAUAAGCAAAAGGCGUUUGAACUGCUUAUAAUUAAUCACUGUUUAGGGACAAAAAGAAGGACUACAACUCAAAUGGCUCGAAUAAUCCGACCGGAGCAAGCAAACCAGCUGCGCUUUUUACUGGAACAGCCAGAGGAAGUUCUGAUCGAGUUUUGCAAGUUAGCCAUCGAGUACAUAAACUCCGGCUUAAACGAGAAGAAAUGCACAGUUGCUGCAAAAAAAUUAUCGUCCACAUACGACACCGUGAGGGGCGCAUUAGAGGCCUUAGUGGCACUGCUAAUUGAUAGCACGAAAAUGGCAAUCUCCGAGCGGGAAUUUUACAACGUCUUGCAAACUUCGUUGCUAAAUAUUCACGAGAAGCAAAGCGAAAUACUGUGGCAAUUCAUAACGAGCAAACGCAACCUGGUGGACAAUGUGUUGCGUGCAUCCUGCCAAGAUGAGCUGUAUUUCCGUGAUGUGGAGUGGCGAAUCGAAGGGCGAAUCGCUUCUCGCAGUCUCCGAUCGCAGGCAACUCCGGUGAUAAAGAUGAAGUUUCACCUCGACACAGAAUGUGUGAGCGAGUAUCGGGAAAAGUUGCAUGUAAUGCCGGUGGGUGCUGUGGAGGAACAGGAGGGGACGAUAAAGCCGGAUAAACACACACGUAAGGAAGUGUUGGCGGAGACUGAUCCUACCAUGUUGCAACAUAUGAUACAGGUGUUGGAGCAAGCGUUGCUGGAAGCACGAACUCGCCGCGUACGAAAUUACGUGAAGCCAGUUCAAAGCUAAGUUCGAAUAAAGAUGGACACCGAUUAUGCAUUCCACUGUGAACGUGUUUCACAAUGCUCUACUU